GAAGACAGAAUAGAAGUUAGUCGUUUCCUGGAUUCGCAUUGAGAAAUGUAGCACUUCUGAGACAGAAAUCUGUGUAGCCUACAGCCAUAACAACGCGAAAGAUGAAGAUCGGGGUCCUAUUUGGGACCCUUUGGUGUCUCCACGCUGCGUCCGCUGAAAUCCAUUUUUUGAAGUACUUCUACACUGCUUCUGCUGGAGUACCAAACUUUCCUGAGUUUGUUACGGUUGGAGUGGUGGAUGGUGCCACAUUCUUUCACUAUGACAGUGACACUAAGAAAGCUGCAGCUAAACAAGACUGGUUGGAAAAGCAUGUAGAUUCCCAGUAUUGGGAAAGGGAGAACAGCAAUCUCUUGGCUGCUAGCCAGACCUACAAGGCCAGCAUAGACAUCGUCAAGUCACGUUUCAACCAAACUGGAGGUGUGCACACAUUCCAGUUCAUGUAUGGCUGUCAGUGGGAUGAUGAAACUGAAGAAAAAAUUGGAAUUUACCAAUAUGGUUAUGACGGAGAGGACUUCAUCUCCUUUGAUGUGAAGACCAUGCAGUACACUGCUCCAGUGCAGCAGGCCUUCCCAACCAAACUGAAGUGGGAGAACUUGCAUGCAGAGCUUGAGUAUUGGAAAAACUACCUCAGCAAUGAGUGUGUUGAGUGGCUCAAGAAAUAUGUUAACUAUGGGAGAAGCUCUCUGGACAGGAAAGUGGACCCUGAGGUCUCCCUGGUCCAGAAGGGCCCUGAGGUGGCGUGCCAUGCCACAGGCUUCUACCCUGACUCAGUGAUGAUCACCUGGAAGAAGGAUGGAGUGGAGGUGGAUGAUGAUGUGGAUGUGGGGGAGACUCUGCCCAACGAGGAUGGAACCUUCCAGAAGAGAUCCGUGCUCACCGUCUCACCUGAGGAGAGGGAGAAGGCCCAGUACUCCUGCGAGGUCACACACAAGGGCAGCAUCUUCAGACCAAGGGAGCCACGCACAGGUGGUGAGUGGUUAAAGAUAUGGAUUGUUUUAGAUGAAGUGGAUACUGGCAUGGGCAUGGGCACGGGCACAAUCAUUGGCAUCAUUGCUGCUGUUCUCGUGGUUGGCGUUGGAGUUAUUGCUGGCAUUGUUGUCAUGGUGUUGAAGAAGAAGGGUGAGAAGGAGUAUGACAAGGCUUCAUCACAGGACACCAACUCUGACAUCUCCAACUCCAACCCCAUUGUCAGGAAUGAAACCGAGAAACUUAACCCCGACCCCUCUGUGUGAAGAGUGAAGGGCCCAGCCAUGCCUCAAUCAGCUGGGCACUGGUCUGCUACAGUCCGGCUCAAGUCAUUUGCAGAGGCAUCCCCAUCUCUCCCCACUCGCUUCCUGUCAUUCUCUACCUGUCCCGUCACAGAAAUAAAGGCUUAUGCCUUGUUCACACCAAGCGACGGAAGUCAUUAUUUCUCUAUGGAGGGUGCGCGGCCAGAGCGAAUUCACCAGGGGGGAAACGAACUGAGUGACCAGAGCAAAUUUCAACAAUUAAAGUCAAGCUAAUAUGAUGGUAAUGAGCUAUGAUGCGGUUUGGCAAAAAAAAACAAUUGGAAUGUUCCUCUCCAAGCCAGAGCCGUUAGGUGAUUAGCUAAAUCAAAUAUGUCAAUGUAACUUACCAAGCGAAUUCAUGGCGAAACCUCUUCUGCUACCUCUGCUACAAGGCAGCGUAGGUCGCUCUUGGUGUGGACAAGGUGUUAAAGCCCAAAAAAAUCUUUGAAGAGUGAAGAGUGCUGAAGGAAAAUCAUCCAGCACAAAUCAACUGAUGUACAUACUUGUAUAUAUUUCUAAACUCGCUAGAUGACUUGUUUGACUUUUUUCCAGCAAUAGACCAUUCACUUUUUGAUUACUGGGGUUUAUUUGCACUAUUGUUAUUUUCCAUGUCAGUGGUCCAAAUUGUGGAAUAGUCGUCUAUGAUCCAAUUCAUGUCUAUGAGACAAUCUUUGAAGACAUUAUUUUGAGUACCUGAAUGAGUUGGUGAUUCUUGUUUGGUUCUCUGGUUAGUUUAUUUUUAGGAUUUGUUUGUGCAAUGUUUUGUAAUGUUUUGACGUUUUCAACAAGCGCAACUUUCUUUCACUUUUCAACAUUAAACUAAUUGGUGGUGGUGGCAAAUACAGUAGUGUGGAUUCUUAUGGAAUCCACAAAUGUAAGGUUUCAUUUUUAAAGUACAUGUUUUAUUUCUCUAUCCUGAACGCCAUUACAUCAAGAUAUAGCUUAAGGAACUCACAAGAAAAUGUGGACAUCCUGAUCAGAUUACUAAAUUGUAUGAUCGAUUUUCAGUUUUAAAAACAAAUAAAAUAAAGGGUACCCAUUUGGAAA